GUCCGAGUGAGCAGUAACGGAUCUUCUGCAGAAAUCAGUGCAUAGAUACAGUAUCUGAAGGAUCAAAGUGUUGAAAAUCAAUUAAAAGAUGGACGAGGCUUCUGGCACGACGACAACCGAUGGCAAGUCCCUGGAUGAGGCGCCGGUGGCCGCAGGACUGGAGCCCACACAGCCGAUCGGCUUCCUGCAGCUCUUCCGCUUCUCCACCUGCGGGGAGAUCGCGUGGCUCUUCUUUGGGUUCCUCAUGUGCUGCGUCAAGGCGUUGACCCUGCCCGCAGUGGUCAUCAUUUACAGCGAGUUCACAGCAGUGAGUACCGGGCGAUGGCCACAGCAGCGGCGGCGGGUACACCAUUCCCACGGGGACCCUGAGCAUCCUUCCCAUCGCGGCGAACGCCCAGCUGCCGACCAUCACGACAACGGCCAGUGGCUACGAGCCCAAUGACGUCAUCACCACGAUCCCCGUCUCGC